AUGUCGCUCUCCGAAAAACUGGUUCAGAUUGUCGUUGACCUUCAGGAAUCUGCUCCGGACCGUCAUGGCAAUGGCUGUAGCUGCCAUCAUUCACACCAGCUGCCCGAAGAUACUUGGAUCCAGCUUCAGGUCCUUCAGGCUUUGCUCUGUCAGCGUCCUCCACGACCGGUAUUCCAUCCCGAGGUCCUCGAAGACAUAGACUCCAUCCUCCAGCAUCGAGUCCGCCAGUCUCUGUUGACCGCCUCUGAAUCAAUUCCACCGGCAGCCAGCCUCCCAGAGAGCAAUGUGACCCUCCGUCUCUGGAAAGGAGAUAUAACCACCCUUUCCAACACGACCGCAAUUGUUAAUGCGGCCAAUUCCGCUCUUUUGGGCUGCUUCAACCCAAACCACCGCUGCAUUGACAAUGUCAUCCACUCCGUAGCAGGUCCGCGACUGCGUGAGGCAUGUUACCGCCUCAUGAGCCAACAGAGCCACACAGAGCCCGUGGGAGCGGUCAAGGUCACACCUGGGUUCAAUCUUCCAGCACAGUAUGUGCUACACACAGUUGGGCCGCAGCUGAGAAAUGGCCGAGGCGGAACGGCUGAGCCCACAGAGAAGCAGAAACAGCAGCUAGCGGCCUGUUACCGGUCCUGUCUGGAGGCUGCGGAAAAUCUUCCGGCGCUGCCAGAUGGCAGGAAGAUUCUUGCUUUCUGUUGCAUCUCCACGGGAGUUUUUGCCUUUCCCGCCAAACUGGCUGUGGAGAUUGCGGUAGAUGGGGUAGUCAAGUGGUGCGAGGAUCAUCCAAGCACAUCACUGACGGAUGUGAUAUUCAACGUUUUCUUGGAAAGUGACUGGGAGUUGUAUCAACAUAAACUCGCAGGAUUGAAAUACUCAACCUUGCAUCUAGACCCCGACCUCGAAAGUCCGGCCUUGAGACAUUCGAGCCAUGCGUCGAUUCGCAAGGCGAGACAAUGGAUUCAGGAGGCGGAUGCCUUGAUCAUCAGCGCAGGGGCUGGGUUGUCAGCCGCCAUUGGAUUGGAUUAUACCUCCCCGGCCUUGUUCAAGCAGCACUUCCCAGCGUUCUUCCCACUGGGACUACGCCGGUUGUAUGAUGUCUUCGGCUUCAAUGGGUGGGAUUCGGGGAAUCAGAAAUGGGGAUACUAUUUUCAGGAGCUGAACAUGGUGCGUUGCUGGCCAGCAUCGUCGGUAUACGCCCAAUUGCUUCAGUUGGCCAGCGGCUUCGGUGCAGAUUAUUUCAUUCGCACAUCGAAUGCGGACGGGCUUUUUGUCGCCAACGGAUUUGACCCGAGACGAGUCUCGACCCCACAAGGUCAAUAUCGGUACCUCCAGUGUUUGGCCAAAUGUCGCCGCAAUGCAGUCUUUGAGUCUGCGCCACUUGUCGACGCAGCGCUGCCGCAUAUUGAUCCCGCUACGCAAUGUUUGACUGAUUCGUCCAUGAUUCCUGGCUGCAAGUAUUGCGGAGGAGAAUUGACGCUGUGUGUUCGUGGAGGGGACUAUUUCAACCAGGCUCCUUUCGCAGCACAAGAGCGGAAAUACGCCGAAUUUCUAGAGCAGAUUGCAUCCGAGUCGAAAACUACCGUCAUUCUGGAGCUAGGCGUUGGAAUGAACACGCCGUCAGUGUUGCGAUGGCAUAACGAAGACUUGGUUGAAGAGUAUCCACAAGUGAAGCUAAUUCGGGCGGGAAUUGGCGCGUCAGGAACCGCGCCGUGGCAUUUGGAGGAGAGGAAUCAGGCGAUAGGCAUUCUGGGUGAUUUGAAGGAGAUAAUUCCUUGUCUGACUAGUCCGAGAUAG